ACGACUUUUGUACAUGGAAAGAAUAAAAUCGCUUAAAAGCACCCACUGAAAAUUUGAAACUCAAAUUUGAAAAAAUCCAGCCUUAAAGAUCAAAGAAGAUAGAUAUGAGUCAGAAAAACUUGGUGAUAUUUUUAUUUAUUGGCACCUGUGCAGCCUUCGGUCAAUUUCAUAUUAAAUACAACAGCAAAGUGGAUUCCAGUGAGAAUGAUAACACUGUAUUACGGACCUACCGUCGUUGCAUGUGGGAGCAAUCGAAAUUUUUACCAAGGCGCCUAGUACUACUGAGUCUUUGUUCUAACUUAUUUUGCGAAAACAAUCAACUAGUACCACGAUCCAGGUCUAUUUUUGUAGUGGAAAAGAUGUCUAGACCGAAUGACUGUUUGGAUAUUUUGCCUGAUCAGUGUGAACAAGGUGACGAAGAGGAGCUAAUGUAUAAGCCUUUUCCUGAUUGCUGCCCUGUCUAUUGCAAUCUGAAGCAACGAAUGCAUCGGCUUAAAACGAUGCACUUCCGACAUCGUGUGCUACUUAACAUGCAUCAGCAACAAGCAGCGAGUGGCACUAAUACAUUGCUGAAUGAAUACGGAUUAAAUAGUAUGAAUUUCAAAUAAUGUCUGAAAUGCACAAAAAAUUAUCUAUUUAGACAAUACAUAACAUCUAAAUACAUGAAAAUACUUUUUGCUGAAUAUUUAAAUAAUAA